AUGUUUGAUGAUACACUCUAUAGAAAUCACUUUAUUAUGAAGCAGAGUCGGAAGAGAUUUUUGAAUAUUGAUAAAAGUGAUUGGGAUUUGGUGUGUAUGGAUAUUGGAUCAUUGAAAGAGUUAUUGAUAUCGAGUAGUGGUAAGGUUAUUCGAGAGGUGAGAAUUAAUUACUUGAUCAAGGUUCAGAAUUUCACCCAUGAAAAUUUGAAUGAUGACAGCGAAGAGGAAGUAACUUUGAGAAUUAAUGAAAUUUUGCCAAAAGAUUGGAAGGAAAUAUCUGUUUGCCUUCAAUUGAAUUGUGGAUCGAUUAUUGAGAUUGAAUAUUGCAAUGAUUAA